AUGGCUGAGACCGAAGCCUCUGUACCGCAGCUUGAACCGCGCCGGGCAUGCCAAGAGUGCAACCGCAAAAAGACAAAAUGUGAUAUGCGUCGUCCUGUAUGUGGGCUUUGCUUGCGUACGGGUAAUUCUUGCACCUUCCCGUCGAAAAGGAAGAAGCCCAUCCGCAAACCCCAGCUCAAAACUCAAUCGCGAAAGAUCAGUGACAGCCUGUCGAAGCUGGUCCAGGUGCUUGAAGCGGCUUCGCGAGCUGGAGAAAGCUCUGCGGAACAGGACGGCCGACGCGGGAUCCCUCAGACAGUGCUUCGAGAUUCAUUAAAAGGCCUCCUGGCUGAGAUCGCCGAGACCGAAAAUCGCACUGCUGAAAGCCAGGAUCAACCGGCCGAACGAAACAACCAAAACGGCUCUGUAUCUGACGGAGAGGAGGUCGAGGAAGAAGGCCCAGAAACCAACGGGCAAGAUUUGGCGCAAUCGCCACCCCAAAAUUCAACGGAACCCACCACCAAACUUUCGACCCCGAGACUGCUCUCGACCCCACCACUGACUUCGCCGGAUAUCCCUUGCUCGCUUGCCAUCGAUCUCAUCUCCAUCUUCUUUGACAAAGUCCAGGCAUGGGUCCCCAUCCUCCAUCGACCGCGGUUUUUAGCCCGCUUCGAAAAGGCCCUCUUGGCCGAUGGCGAUGUCAUGAAAGGAUUCUCUGUCGACGAGUCGCUCUUGUUCUACAGCAUAUUUGCCAUGUGCGCGAGAUUUUCCAACCAUCCCACCUUUGCUGGCACUCCGCCAAACAAGCGAGGACACGAGUUCGCCCUGCGUGCCCGAGAUUGCUAUGCCCAAGCGCGUUUGAUACGGACCCCAACGUUGACUUACAUACAAGGCUGUAUCCUUCUUGCCUACUACUUUUACACGUCCGGCCCAACGCACCAAGGCUGGAUCCUCAUCGGUGUCUGCGUCAGAUUAGCAUACGAUUUGGGGCUCUCCGAAAUUGACGACGACGAUCCUAACCCUCUCACGCCCAUGAGCUGGGUGGAAAGGGAAGAAUGCAGGCGAGCCUGGUGGGCUGUGUGGGAACUCGAUACAUUUGCAUCCACAGUCUCCCGGCACCCGUAUUCGAUUGAUCGCAAAAGGAUGGCUGUUGCUCUACCAGUCUCGGACGAAGCUUGGUUUGCCGAAAUAGAGGUGCCAUCUGCACAGCUUAACAUGCUACCCGGUCAAUCCUGGAGAUCGUUGCAGGGCUGCAGCAACCAAGACGAGAGGGCGUGGUUUCUGGUCGCCAAUCAUUUCAUGGCCACGGUCCAUGACCGGCUGCAACAGAGGCAAGAUGUGUCUUCGGAUGAGAAAUUGACGCUGGAGAACGAGAUAUGCUGUUUUAAACUCGCACUUCCUGCAUCGCUGCGACUGGACGCCGAGACUUUGACAUUCACUCCAAACACCUUUGCUCGAUGCAACUGGGUCAUUGGGACUCAUCUCAUGUUGAUGGCGGCGUCCUUCAUGGUUUCUGGAAUCACCGCUGCCGAAAACGACGACCGCAGUGUGUCUAGCGUGGGUGCUAGCGGCUCAUCACCGCUCCGGCAGCGCGCCAUCGACUUGUCACGGAUUAUCAGUCUCUGGGACUCCAGAUACAUUGCAGUUGCCCACCCGUUUUUCACAUGCAUGAUGCUCCCGCCUUACUACGUGGAUGGCGAUAUCUUAAGAACCCAGCCUCUAAUCGCUUCUAGUCACGACCUGGGGAAGCUGGUCCUGGCACAUUUCAGCGAGAGAUGGAAGUUGGGUUCCGUUGUAGCAGAGCUGGCAAAGAUCCUUGAAAGAGGAGGCACGCUCAACACUCAGGAAAGACAGCUAGCCAAAAGAUAUGCAGUAUUUUUCCGAAUGCCGCGUCUCAGCGGCAACACCCCUUCUGAUUCCAGCCGGCGAGAAAGAAACAACUCGAUCGCCAGCGAUAAAGUUUCAUAUCUAGGUCCCGCGGAGGUGCAGCAACCGCAGCCACCCCCGAAAACAGAUUAUCCUGUGUCGCUAGACAUGUCUGAUCAAGCCAAUAUAGCAAGCUACCAAGCUCCGAUGUUUGAUCCCCAGAACUUCCCGCCGCUUCAGCCUUCAUUUUAUGACGGAAGCACUGACAUUGAGUAUGGAUUCUCGGACUUCUUUGGUGGCUACCAAGACUUGGAUUUCAUGCCUCGCUGA